AUGACAAGACAGCGCCUCAGCCUCCUGACCCCCCUGGCUCUGCUGGGACUGAUCGUGGGACUUGCAGACCUCACCUCUGCCGGCGAGGAUGAGGAUUACUACAUGCAGGAGCUGCUGACAAGAGAGCAGUACAACCAGGUGCAAGUGCCGGAGAAGCCUGUGGCCUCGACACCUGACAGGCAUGAGCACCCCACCAAGAAAGUCCCCAAGGGAAAGGCAGGCAGCGGCAGGCAGACGGGUGAAACUACCGCUGAUGCAAAAUCAGUGAGGACAGCCAACAAAAAGGCAGAGAAGAACAAUAAGAGCGCUCUGAAAACCCCAAACAGCAUCUCAGAAGGAGACGGUCAAUACAACCCGAUAAAAGAAGAAUGCCCUCCAAUGGGACUGGAGACAGUGAAGAUUGAUGACUUCCAGCUUCAUGCUUCAACUACAAAACGCUACGGCCUUGGAGCGCACAGAGGUCGUCUUAACAUUCAGGCUGGCCUUUAUGAAGAUGACCUCUAUGAUGGGGCCUGGUGCGCCGGGAGAGAUGACCCGCUGCAGUGGUUCGAGGUGGACGCCAGGAGGCUGACAAAGUUCACAGGAGUCGUCACACAAGGCCGAAGCUCCCUCUGGUCGAGCGAUUGGGUGACCUCGUACAAGGUCAUGGUGAGCAACGACUCUCACACCUGGAUAACGCUGAAGAACGGCUCAGAUGACUUGAUCUUCACCGGCAAUAGGGAAAAAGAGAUCCCGGUACGGAACAUCUUCCCAGCGCCGGUGGUCGGCCGAUACAUCCGAGUCAACCCUCAAUCCUGGUUUCACAACGGCAACAUCUGCAUGAGAGUGGAGAUCCUUGGCUGUCCUAUGCCAGAUCCCAAUAAUUAUUACCACAGACGCAAUGAAGUCAUCACAACAGACGACUUGGACUUCAGACACCACAGCUACAAAGAAAUGAGGCAGCUUAUGAAGGUGGUCAAUGAAAUGUGCCCCAACAUCACCCGGAUCUAUAACAUAGGAAAGAGCCACAGUGGCCUCAAGCUGUACGCCAUAGAGAUUUCUGACAACCCGGGAGAACAUGAAGUUGGUGAACCAGAGUUUCGUUACACAGCAGGUUCCCAUGGUAAUGAGGUGCUGGGACGAGAGCUGCUCCUCCUGCUGAUGCAGUUCAUGUGUUUGGAGUAUCUGUCUGGCAACCAGCGGAUACGUCACCUGGUGGAAGAGACCAGAAUCCAUCUGUUGCCUUCUAUCAACCCCGAUGGGUACGAGAAGGCCUUUGAAAUGGGCUCGGAGCUCAGUGGCUGGUCUCUGGGUCGAUGGAGCAGUGACGGAAUAGACAUUCACCACAACUUCCCCGAUCUCAACUCCAUACUGUGGGAAGGCGAGGCCAAGAAGUGGAUCCCUCGCAAAAUGUUCAACCACCAUGUGCCCAUCCCAGAGUGGUACUUGUCCAGAAAUGCCUCAGUUGCCGUGGAGACGCGGGCCCUGAUCGCAUGGAUGGAGAAGAUGCCCUUUGUGCUGGGCGGUAACAUCCAGGGAGGGGAGCUGGUGGUGACCUUCCCAUAUGACAAAACUCGAUCCCGAGGGGUGGCCAGGGAGCAGACCCCCACCCCGGAUGACAACGUCUUCCGCUGGCUGGCCUUCUCCUACGCGUCCACCCACCGCCUGAUGACGACCGCCAACCAAAGGGUCUGCCACACAAAAGAUUUUGCCAAGGAGGACGGCACCAUCAACGGAGCGUCCUGGCACACUGCGGCUGGCAGUAUGAACGAUUUCAGCUUUUUGCACACCAACUGCUUUGAGUUGUCGAUGUUUGUGGGCUGCGACAAGUUCCCUCAUGAGAGCGAACUGCCUGAGGAGUGGGAGAACAACCGCGAGUCUCUUCUUGUCUUCAUGGAGCAGGUGCAUCGUGGGAUCAAAGGUGUGGUGAGGGACCUGCAAGGUCGCGGAAUAGCUAAUGCCAUCAUCUCUGUGGAGGGCAUCAGUCAUGAUAUUCGCACAGCUUCUGAUGGCGAUUACUGGCGCUUGCUGAACCCGGGAGAGUACAGAGUGAGAGCCAGAGCUGAAGGCUACAGCCUCGCCAGUAAGAAGUGCGAGGUGGGCUACGAGAUGGGCGCCACCAGGUGCGAUUUCAUCAUCGGACGCACUAACCUGUCACGAAUCAAAGAAAUAAUGGAAAGAUUCAACAAGCAGCCAAUCAGAUUGCCAGUCAGGCAGCUCAAAGCUCGCAGGUCCAGAGUGAGGCGCCUGUGA